AUGGGUGAUGCAACUUAUCAAGAUAAUAUAUUGGAGAAACUAAUAGAUGAGUUCAGCAUUGGUCCAGUAGUGGACUUAUCACACCAAAAAUUAUCCGAUUAUGAUAUGCCAAUAGUGGUCCAUAAAGCCAUUAUCAAGCAACAAUGCAAAGAGCUGUGGUUACAAGCAAACCAAAUCUCACCAACUGGUGCUGCGAUUAUUGCCGAUGCUUUGCCCAAGAGUUCAACGCUGGAAACUCUUUAUCUUAGAGACAACAGGUUGUCUGAUAAGGGUGUUUGUUUCUUGGCAAUGGCGUUGUCGGCCCCUAACUCAAUGGUCAAAGAUCUUGGCUUGGGAGGCAACAAUAUUACAGAUGCAGGUGUCCAAUAUCUUGCUGAAAUGCUUAAAAAGAACACUAGCUUAACUACAUUAUAUUUGCGUCACAAUCAAAUAAGCGACCAAGGUGUGGAAAUUUUGGCUGAUGCUCUCGCAUAUCAUAAUACAACUUUGAAAGAACUUUAUCUUUCUUCUAAUCCAAUGAUUAGCGAUCAAUCUGUUGAUUUUCUCGCUAAUAUGCUAAUGUGCAAUCGAUCUUUAAGAAGGCUAUGGAUACAGAGUCUAGAUUUAUCUGAGGAUAGCAAAGCGAGACUUCGUAAACUAAAUGAAGAAAAGGGAUCCUUUGAUCUGUCCCUUUGA